CCGAGACCCUAACCAUAGCGAAAGAGCGAUUUAGGGUUGAGGGUGACUCUGUCAUCGUCCUACGCGGCUUGGACAGAGAAAUAAUCAAAAAAUAUGUGCACAUGACCGCCGAGCUGAGAGCAGAAAGAUACGACGGGUCGGACUACGAGAAUCGGCCUGUGGAAGACUCAAGAUCUCCACCUGUUUCCAGCCACGUCGACCAAGCAUCUGCUGGACAGGCUAAGCCCCGAGUACCUAUUGGUGCCAAAUGGACCAAGAUAAGUAGGAAAAGGGUUAGCCCCGAAGCACUUACUUUAGGCAAGAAGCGAUUUAAAGUACGAGGUGACUCUGUUAUCGUGCAACGCAUCUUGACCCUGGAUGAAAUCCGAGAAUAUAAAGGUAGUACCGCCCAAAUCAGGGACGCGAGACAGAAGAGUACCAGCGUAAGCCAGAAGAAAAUCCAGACUCGCACACAGAUGAGAAAUCAACCUCUGCCAGUCCUCAGGUCUCCCAUCAGACCAAUGGCCCGGUUAUGGAUCCGCCCAAAACCGUCAAUAAGCUCCUUGUGAGCUCAGGAGCUUCUCAAGCAAGUCAUCCAACGGCGCAUCUUCCAGCGAAUGCCGAUGAUGGCGAGAUCGAAGCCCACGACAGGAGAGAGAAGGAGAAGGGGGAAUUAGCCAAGACUGUGGCUGCCGUGGAGAAGUGGUUGAGGGCGAAAGACCCAUUGGCAAACCCGGUACCCGAGGAUAAGCUUGGCCUAGGUAGGAAUGGAAGCUCUUGAGAAGCAGCGGGAGGAGCUUGAAUCAGAACUGAUGCAGACCUUCCCGAGGAGAUCAACCUAUCGCCGAUUCAACUAAGCUCAACAACCGCAUACCCGAGAACCCAC